CUUCCGGAUGAACUGGUUUCUUGUCUGUAGAAUAAGUUAAUUUCCCAUGACUCUAUCUCGAUUCGUUUAAUGGAAAGGUCCAGAUAAAGAGGCACCUCAAAGGGCACUUAUUUUGACAUUUCCCAGCUGACGGAUCACAAUAUUUUGUUGAUCAGAAUAUUAUGGAGAAGGAACAAUAUAUAAUGAAAAUGGAACAAGCACUGUCUGAAGUAAAUCAGAUAAAACAACAGCUACAGAGAAAUGCUGCUGAGGUAAAAUCUGAGAUUCACUCAAGUAUAAGCCGUCAGUUAGAAGCUCUGAGAAACCGUGAAGUUUGGCUGCUGAAUCAAGUGGAAUUAAUACAAAAUAUGAAAGAUGAAGUUUUACACAUUCAGCAAGCUAGACUGAACAAGAUGUUAGGUGUGGCACAGAGUUGUCUAACAGAAAGUCUGGGAAAUAAAUUUGAUUCCACAGAUCUGAAGCCGGAUGAGAACCCAUGGAUUGCAUUUAAGUAUGAUGCAGCUAAGUUGAGAGAGAGUAUUACAUCCUAUGGAAGAGUAGAAUCCAGUAACAGACCCCCCAAUACUGUGUUUGUGAAGCCAGGAUACCCAGCUAGGAGUCUACCACCACAUUUUGAGGACUAUGAUGAUGCUGACCAUCAUGUUCUGUACAAGACUGUAGAGGGUGCAACCAAAUCAUCAAAAAGUACUGUGGUAACUUUCACCCUCCCGAUUUUGUCAUCUUCAUUAAAAGAUUGGUUGGCUUACUCCAAUACUGCUCCUGUGUCAUCUAACACCAGUGACAAGCAGACGAUCUCAUUCCCUGCCAUGAGUUCUUCUAACAAGGAAUGGCUGACUGGUUCCACCACAGCUGACUCUAUUUCUCCAUUGUCAUCUGAUUCAUCUGGUUCCUGGCAGAUGGCCAGAGAUGAUACUGAUGUCAAUAUACAGAUGUGGUUAAAGGACAUCAAACAGAAUCCAGUAAUUGAAGAUGAGGAUGAUUUUGAAGUCAUCUCUAAGAAGGAGUUCAUGGGAGUUGACAGGUAUCAGAGAAAGGCACCAGUCCCAAUUUCCAACUCUGCUCCAGACCUCAAGUAUAUGGACCAUGAAACCUGGCUUAAACCAGAAAGUCAAACUCAAACUAGUGCUCCAAAAUCCAUCAAACUACCAUCCCAUUUAGAAAACAGUGGUACAGAAACUUGGCUGUGCAAAAAAUGGAAGAGGAAUGCCAAAUCAAGCUGUGAAGAGAAAUGUGGAAAGACAGGCCCUCUUGAAAUUGAGAACAUCUGUGACUACCUGAAUGAUAAGGUCUGGAUAAAGUCAACAUCCUGUAGUGAUAAUCGUCAGAUGGAAGUUUGCAAAGCCAAUGAACCUUGCCAAGGACCAGAUCACUGUGUUGCCACAUCCCACUGUUUUUACACAAACAAUGCAUUUCCCAGCACCGAUUCCAGUCAGUGGUUAAUAAAUGGUGGUAAGAAUAUUGCCCCAACCACACCAGUCAACACUUGUAUGUUUCAACAGUUCAGAAAACCAUCUAAUGAUGAACAAUCAAACAUGUGGUUAAAAUCAAGAAGUAAACAACAACGCAACCUUGAAGAUUGGAAAGCUAAACCUAUCGAACUGGAAGAAAAAGUAUGGAUUAAAAAAGAUUCUUCCAAUGUCCUUCCUGAGUCAACUACGCCUUUCACAGUUAGUGCAUCGUGGGACAAGGUUAUGACCUUUCAUAGCCAGAUAGGUAAUGACCAGUGGCUCCUUCAAGAAUCUAGCAAGCAAGAGCAAAAUGAGUACAAUCCUUGGAUCCUAAAAAAUUCUUCAACUGCUGACGAGAUGUGUGAAAAUGAUCAGUGGAUUUAUACUAAAAUGGAUGAUGCCAUAGAUAUUCUUCAGUAAAACUGAUGCCAUAGACAUUCUUCAGUAAAACUAUUAUCUAUAAUUGUGAGUUUCAAAUGAAUGACAUUUAUAAGGAUUUCAAAUGAAUUAAAUUGAUAUUAUUGAUCCUAUUCUUAGAAUUGCAAAUUAUAAAUGCAUACUACUGACUCGUUCAUGUGGUAUUAUAUUUAGCUAUGAAUUUUCUAAUUCUGUUGGAAAUCUAAUUAUCAAAUUGUAACGUAGUGAAAAAAUCCAUGAAUUCCAUAGUUUAGUGUUUUUUUCUGUUCUCAUAAAAUUCAUAUCGAUUUGUUAGUAUCAUUUAAUAACAGGCACAGCAAGUAAAAUAUCUAAUUAUUUUUUUACAAUUACUAACUUUCAUUUGAAACUUACUCAUGUUAAAGCAAUUACCGGUGUUUGUUAUUAAAUAUUUGUGGAUUUUAUGAUUAGUAAAGUUGGUUUUGAAAAUAAAACAACUUACAAAGUUUCCUCCCAAAAUAUUAUUAUGAUCAUAAGUUUAAAGGAAGGGACUACACAAAAAUUCUCAUAUAAUUGAUGUGCAUAAUUAAUUAAAGAUGAAAAUUUCUGAAAUGAUUCAAGUCAUGCAAGUAGUGUUAUAAUCAGGGUAUGACAUCAUAACACCAAAGUAGCUAAAAGUGAAUACAUGUGAAUGAAUAUACCUACAUUUGUGAAUAGAAAGAGUAACAAAAGAUUUUUAUGAAGACUGGAAACAAAAGAUAUGAAGAAAUAAGCAUGAAAAUUAACAUAUUAAAAUUCUUUCAAUAUACAGUUACGGAUAAUUAUUAUUAUGCCCAAGCUACGAUAGUAGAGGGGCAUUAUGUUUUUCGGUCUGUGCGUUCGUUCGUCCCUCUGUUCCACUUCAAGUUAAAGUUUUUGGUCAAGGUAGUUUUUGAUGAAGUUGAAGUCCAAUCAACUUGAAACUUAGUACACAUGUUCCCUAUGAUAUGAUCUUUCUAAUUUUAAUGUCAAAUUAGAGUUUUGACCCCAAUUUCACGGUCCACUAAGCAUAGAAAAUGGUAGUGCAAGUGGGGCAUCUGUGUACUAUGGACACAUGCUUGUUUUUUCUAUGUUAUAUUUGUGAGCAUGAAAUUCUGUAUUAUUUGAUUUCUUCCUUAAAUAAAAUAUUUCUGUAAG